CGACGCUGUCAGGAAGAUGGAGUUCCGCGAGUUUGAGGAGAUGCUAUGGAGCCUCAUGGCGGCAGAGAACACCGUUCGGAACCAUGCCGAGAUGGUGUUCGACAACAUGAAGGCAGACAGCGACCGCACCUUGCUAAGUCUACUGCAUGUGAUUCGAUCCACGUUGAGCGACGACGUGCGCAGUUUGGCGGCUGUCCUCUUGCGCCGUGUCUUGAUUCGAGACGAAGUGAGUCUGUGGACAAAUGCCGCGGCGUCGACACAGCAUAGCGUCAAGAACGACCUCCUCCAUGUACUAACGUACGAAACCAACCGAAGCAUCAGGCGGAAGCUAUGCGAUACAGUCGGCGAGUUGGCGUCGUCGAUCCUAGAGGAAGGUGAAUGGGACGAGUUGCUUCCGUGUAUGUUUCAGUGGAUCACGUCGACAAACGUUUCUCAUCGCGAGAGCGCGCUGCGUGUCUUCGAAAUGAUUUCGCUGUACAUGGCCACGUGUAUGACCGCGUACUUCGACACAACGAUCCAGCAAUUGUUUCAAACAAGUCUGCGGGACGGCGAAGGUCACGUUGCUCUCCACGCACUGCGGGCCUUCGGCAUGCUUCUGCUCAGCUUGGACGAGCUGGACGAACGCGAUCGGUUCCAGCCGCUGCUUCCGUCAAUUUUGCAUGCGUUGCACUCGAUGCAUGUCGACGGAAACGAGGAAGACCUGGUGGAGGCGAUGGAAGUUCUGAUCGAGCUCCUCGAGCCCCACGCGUCGUUUUUCAAACCGAUUCUGAAAGAACUCGUCCCGCUCAUGGUGGUCCUUGUGUCGACCGGCGCGUCCGACGGAAGCUUUGGUCGCCGCCAGCUCGCCAUGGAAGUGCUCGUCUCGAUCGCUGAAAACGCCGCGAGCGCGUGCCGCCGGUUUCCUCAGAACGGAUUUGUCGAGCAAGUGUUUCCCCUCACGUUUCACCUGAUGCUUGACGUGAAUGAAGACACGACGGGCGACGAAAUGGACGACGCGGAAGACGACAUCUCCAACGUCGACGUCGGCGCCGAAGCUCUGCAGCGCAUGGCCCAAGCUAUCGGGUUCAAAAAGGCCCUCCCGGUCUCGUUUGGGCUCGUGUCGCAAUACGCCAGCCACCCCGACUGGAAGUACCAGUAUGCCGCGCUGAUGGCACUUACACAGAUCGUCGAGAUUGUCCCGUCCGGCCAGCUCCAUGCCGUCGUCAAGCACGUGUUUGCCCAUGUUCAUCCUGACGGUCACCAUCCUAAAGUCGUGUCGGUCGCAAUUGAUGCUCUCGGGCAGCUGGCCACGGACCAAGGGCCGUUGUUCCAGGAACAGUACCACGAACAAACGAUUUCUGUCUUGCUGGAAUACAUGCAAGUGACCGACCGACCGAACGUGCCGCCGAAAUGGACGUGGCACUUUCAAACGCACGCGCUGACGGCGUUGCGGCAAUUUAUCGACACAUGUCAUCCCGACAUGGUCGAGCCGUACUUGGAGUCGCUCUUGGGCAGUUUGUUUGCGCUGCUCAACCUCGGCCACGCGUCGGCGGAAGCCCGAUCGGUGCAGGAGUACGCUGUAUCGGCGUUGUCGUCGAUUGCAGGGUGUUGUGGCGAGUCAUUUGGGCGCUUCUUCAGUAUGGUGUUUCCGCCCCUAAAACAGCUCCUGUACACUUCGCUUCAAGAACUCCAGCAAGACACGGGUGUGUCCACAAUGCUGUGCGGCAUCACGCUCGAAUGUAUCUCGUUGGUUGGCCUUGCUGUGGGCCCGGCUGUGUUUGGCGCCGAUGCCACCGAGAUUCUAGACGUGAUGACACAAAUGCAGCACUCGGCGCAGUAUGCCAACGACGAGAUCCUGCGGUCGUAUCUGUUGCAGGCAUGGGCCCGGUGGUGUAAAACGCUGACCCACCAUUUUGCGCGGUAUCUGCCAGUCGUCAUGCCGAGCUUGCUCGACGCCGCCAUGCAACAAGCAGAAUUCGAAAUGGAGGACCAGGACGACAUGGAGGACCAAGACGAUGACGACGACGACGUCCAGAUCGCGCACAUCAACGACAAGUGCGUGAGUAUUCGGACGUCGAUCUUGGAGGAGAAGGCGACGGCGUGCCAAAUGCUGAGCAGCAUGGUUGCCGACCUCAAGGAGUCGUUCUUUCCGUACGUGGAGCAAGUCACGCAGGUGCUGACUCCACUGAUGACGGACUCGGUCCACACGGAAAUUCGCGCCGCGUCCAUCUCGGCCAUGCCGUGGCUGGUGCUGUCCGUGUCCAAGCAUUUGUUGCAACAUGGGCCAGCGCCGAUGGACAGCCUGAGCCCAGUCGUCCAAAUGCUCGAAUUCACUCUUGGCCGCCUUCUAAAUGCCCUCUCCACCGAACCCGAACUUGAUCUCCAAAUGACCAUCAUGCAAAGCAUCAAGAUGUGUAUUUCGCACGCGGUCAACCCGGAACACGACGGCGACGCGACGGUGGCCGCCAAGCAGCCACCCAAGCCUUCGAAGGUGGAAUUGCUCAACCAUGCGCAGCUGUCUCAGCUCGUGGAAGGACUGCUUAUUGUCCUUGCGGAGAGCUUCCAGCGUCGCGCGGUGCGCCGGGCACGAAAAGCCAUUGAAGAGUUUGACGACGAAGAAAACGAAGCGGAACUGGACAACGACGCGACGGAAGCGCAGUUGCAAUUCAUCCUGGCUGAUUGUUUGGGCAAUUUGGCCGAGACCCACCCGUCCCGCUUCUUUCCUGUCUUCCAAGAAACACUCCUGGACAAAGUGCUUGAGAUGGUGCAGCCCCAUUGUCUGCCGGAAGACCGAAAGCUCGCCGUGUACUUAGUGGACGACGUAUUGGAGCACUGCGAACCCGCUCGCGAACAACUCGCCACAUUUGUCCCCCUCCUCCUCAACUGCGUCGCAAGCGACUACCCGCCACUACGCCAAGCGGCGUCGUAUGGACUUAGUCUGGCCGCCCGCCUCGGCGGCGGUGCAUUCGCCCCGUACGUCAACUCGACGGUGGAACUCUUGUGGACGCUCGUGCACGGUGCGGACGCGUGGGAACCGUUCAUGCUGAACGCCACGGACAACGCCGUGUCGGCACUGGGCAGCAUCCUCCUACACUUUGACAGUUUGCCAUCGACGUUGUUUCCGCAGUGGUUGGCGCUGUUGCCCCUCCGCGGGGACGUCGAAGAAAGCGCAGCACUUGUCCAGAGGUUGUGUGCCGCCGUUCACGCGUCACACCGGGUAUUGUCGGACUACCCGAGCAACGUCCCGAGUGUUCUGAGCUUGCUGGCCGAGAUUUUGAGUCUCCAGUUGUUCGAGUCGGACCAACCAGUGUUCCAAGAUAUGCAGUCGGCGCUGCACAAGUUGCGAACGAUGGUGCCGGACCACGUGAUGAAGUCAGUGUGGCAGUCCAUGAGCAGUGCCCAGCAAGCGGCGUUGCAUGCGCUGUUUGCGUAAAACACUCAACUGUUUUAAUUAUGAUAUAGAGCACAUCUCCGAUUGGACUCGUC